AUGUCGGUUUACAAUAGUAAAGCAAAUUAUCAUCCAGUAUCAGCUUUACCCGGAAGUUUACCUACUGGAUCAUAUCUUCUCCCUGGUAAUGGUUAUUACAGUGUUCAAGGACAAUUACCACGUCUUCGUUAUGAUUCUCAAAAAUUUUUAAAUGAUCCAAAAUAUGCUUAUUCACAAAGUUAUCGAAUUGAUGCAAUGCAAGCAUUACAAAAUGCUAAAAAAGGCACUAGUAUACCUCGAUAUUAUUCAUAUUAUCCUCAUUUUGAAGCUGCUCGUGAACGACAUAUAUUUGUACCAAAAUAUUUUCCGAAUGAAAAUCCAUCAUGUUACGAACAUAAAGGUUUUGAACAUUUUAAAAACCUUGCUUCAAAUUCGGAUGGAUAUGCACUUCGAAGUGUUAAUACUUUACCACCAAUCGAUUAUGUUACAAUACCAAAACCAGAUGAAAAUGACGAUGUUUAUCGUGCUUAUCAACCAAGAAUGCCUUAUGAUAUGAUGGUAUUACGUGAUGAACAAACAUAUAAAACACCAUAUUCAAAAGAUUUUAUGACACGUGAUAAUUCAUUUGUUUCAAGUACUACACUUGUACCACGUGGAAGCUAA